AUGAUGCCCGGGUGGCCCGCGGCGAUCCAGCAAGCGCCAGGAGUUUCGCAGCAGGCCACGCCCGCCUCGUACGCGUAUCCUGCCAAUCCCGCCUUCGUUCCUGUUCAGGUGCGGCAGGGUUUCGGCCAAUACAUGAAUGUGAACGCAAAGCCACCGUACGCCGGAUACGCUCCCUCGCCCGCCUCCACCAUGGCCGAUCCGCAACCCCAGGCUGUAGCGCCCGCCGCUGCUGAAGCGCCCAAAGGAAAGACGGAAUGGCCGGAGUCGGUCCGUCGCUACGUUCAACGAUCCUUCCUGCCUCAGAAUGACGAUCCGUCAGUCUCACGUGCCGAGGUGGAGAACAAGCUGAAGGAAACCAUCGGCAUCGCCAAGGACAACGGCUCCCUGUACACGAUUGACUGGGACGCUGUGCCUCUGCCACAGGCUCUCGUGAAAGUCGACCGAGAUGGGCUUCUUGGGGGCCGCACUUCCUCCGUGUCGGCUUCCGAUACCCUCGUUAAUCCCAGGAAGCGAAAGUCAACCGACCUUGCUGGUGAUUCUAUUCAGACGUCGGCUUGGCGCAAUACUAACCAGCGCGCGUCCCUCGAGGACCGCGUCACCUAUCCCUCUGACAAACGGGUUGCGUCGGGCGACCACUCGACCAAGCCCAGCAAGUCGCAGAAGGAGGCCAACAAGCGCAAGCGACGAUUCGAGAACGAGUACAAGUCCCUCUACCGAUCGCCCAGCCCAACCCCGCCUUCCUCUGGACCCAUCGUCGGCACAUGCGAAGUCUUGGAGAAGAAAUACCUGCGUCUCACGGCGCCCCCCGUUCCGUCCAAUGUUCGACCCGAGCCGAUUCUUCGCCAGACGCUGGACCUGCUCAAGAAGAAGUGGCGCAAGGAGGGAAACUACUCUUACAUUUGUGAUCAGUUCAAGUCGAUGCGCCAGGACCUUACUGUGCAGCGGAUCAAGAAUGACUUUACUGUUUCCGUUUAUGAAAUCCACGCCAGGAUCGCCAUGGAGAAGGGCGACAUCGAGAAGGAAGAGCGACCCAUCAAGCAUGCCGUCGCGGUGCGCUCUGCGUUGGCUCUUGGGAAUUACCACAAGUUCUUCCAGCUCUACCUGGACACACCCAACAUGGGGGCAUAUCUUAUGGAUAUGUUCGUCGUGCGGGAGCGUCUCGCGGCUCUGUGCAACAUUUGCAAAGGGUACAAGCCCGAUGUGAAGCUCCGAUUCCUCACCGAAGAGCUCGCGUUUGAGUCGGAUGCGCACACGGCCCAAUUCAUCAUCGACCGCCAGGGCCAGCACCUGCUCGAGCAUCGACAGGAGUAUAUCGCUUUCUUGACAGGCAAAGCCGGCGCAUUCUUUGAGGGUGCCAAGUCAGCUGCCUUUCGGAAGGUUGACAUCAAGGGGCAGAUUUGA